ACAGAAGAGGCAGAGAAACAAGAGAUAACAAAGGCUGUUUCCUUUCUGUGAGAGAAGGCUUUUGUCUUUCCUCCUGCAACGAUGUCAGUGUCUGGCAAGAAAGAGUUUGAUGUGAAACAGAUCCUAAGGCUACGCUGGAGGUGGUUUAGUCAUCCUUCUCAAGGUUCGCCCAACACUGGAAACUGCCUUCAGCAGGAAGGAUAUGAGCAUAGAGGGACCCCGGUUCAGGGCAGGUUGAAGAACCACUCUCGGGACAGAAAUGGACUGAAGAAAAGCAAUAGUCCUGUCCACCACAACAUACUGGCACCAGUGCCAGGAUCGGCCCCUGCCCAUCAAAGAGCCCUUCAGAAUUGGCACUCACAAAACCUGAUAGAACAUCUUCGAUCAAAUGAAGAUACUCCUAAAGCAGUUCCAGAGGAGAAUUUGUUUAAAGAAGCUUGUGAGAAACACUCACAAGAUUUGGAGAUGAUGGCUGAUGACAAUACAGAAGAUUCUACAGCAAGAUUAGAUACACAGCAUCCUGAAGAAAUGAAUGUUAGCAGAUCUGAGGAGCAGUUCCAUGCUGUAAACCAUGCGGAACAAACUCUUCAUAAAAUGGAGAACUACCUGAAAGAGAAACAAUUGUGUGAUGUGCUACUCAUUGCUGGACACCUCCGAAUCCCAGCCCAUCGGUUGGUUCUCAGUGCAGUGUCGGAUUAUUUUGCUGCAAUGUUUACUAAUGAUGUGCUUGAAGCCAAACAAGAAGAGGUCAGGAUGGAAGGAGUCGAUCCUAAUGCACUUAAUUCCUUGGUGCAGUAUGCUUACACAGGUGUCCUGCAAUUGAAAGAAGAUACUAUUGAAAAUUUGCUGGCUGCAGCUUGUCUCCUGCAGCUGACUCAAGUCAUUGAAGUCUGCUCCAAUUUUCUUAUAAAACAGCUCCACCCUUCAAACUGCUUAGGGAUUCGAUCGUUUGGAGAUGCCCAGGGCUGUACAGAGCUCCUGAGUGUGGCACAUAAAUACACAAUGGAACACUUCAUCGAGGUAGUAAAGAACCAAGAAUUCCUCCUGCUUCCAGCUAAUGAGAUUUCAAAACUUUUAUGCAGUGAUGACAUUAAUGUUCCUGAUGAAGAAACUAUUUUCCAUGCUCUAAUGCAGUGGGUAAGGCAUGAUGUGCAAGCUAGGCAACGAGACCUAGCAAUGCUGCUUUCUUACAUCAGACUGCCAUUACUUCCACCACAGUUACUGGCAGAUCUUGAAAACAGUUCCAUGUUUACUGGUGAUCUUCAGUGUCAGAAGCUCCUGAUGGAAGCUAUGAAGUAUCAUCUCUUACCUGAGAGAAGACCCAUGAUGCAAAGCCCUCGGACGAAGCCUAGAAAAUCAACUGUGGGAGCACUUUAUGCUGUGGGAGGCAUGGAUGCCAUGAAAGGUACCACUACAAUCGAAAAAUAUGACCUCAGGACCAACAGCUGGCUACAUAUUGGCACCAUGAGUGGCCGUAGGCUUCAGUUUGGAGUUGCUGUUAUUGAUAAUAAGCUCUACGUCGUGGGAGGAAGAGAUGGUUUAAAAACUUUGAAUACUGUGGAAUGUUUUAAUCCAGUUGGCAAAAUCUGGACGGUGAUGCCUCCCAUGUCAACACAUAGGCAUGGCUUAGGCGUAGCCACACUUGAAGGACCAAUGUAUGCUGUUGGUGGUCAUGAUGGAUGGAGUUAUCUAAACACUGUAGAAAGAUGGGACCCUGAGGGACGUCAGUGGAAUUAUGUGGCCAGUAUGUCAACUCCUAGAAGCACCGUUGGUGUUGUCGCAUUAAACAACAAGCUAUAUGCUAUUGGUGGACGUGAUGGAAGUUCCUGCCUCAAAUCUAUGGAAUACUUUGACCCACAUACUAACAAAUGGAGUCUGUGUGCUCCAAUGUCCAAAAGACGUGGAGGUGUGGGAGUUGCAACAUACAAUGGAUUCUUAUAUGUUGUUGGGGGUCAUGAUGCCCCUGCUUCUAACCAUUGCUCCAGACUUUCUGACUGUGUGGAACGGUAUGAUCCAAAAAAUGAUUCAUGGUCAACUGUGGCACCUCUGAGUGUUCCUCGAGAUGCUGUUGCUGUAUGUCCCCUUGGAGACAAACUCUAUGUGGUUGGAGGAUAUGAUGGACAUACUUAUUUGAACACUGUUGAGUCAUAUGAUGCACAGAAAGAUGAAUGGAAAGAGGAAGUUCCUGUUAACAUUGGAAGAGCUGGUGCAUGUGUUGUGGUGGUGAAGCUACCAUAAAGCUAUCUUUAUCAAAAGGAAGGAAACUGGAUAAUUUCAAGAAGUGGAGUAGGAAGAGGAGAGGAAGAAGAAAUAUGUUCUUUCCUUCAAUUAGUAAUCAAACAUGAAAAUUAUUGUGUCAUUUUAAUAUGUAGUUAUAAAUGCUCUCAUUUGUGAAGCCAAAGCAAGUUUUCAAACAUUAAUUACAUAUAGGUGUUUAGUGUAUAUGUUGUUGCAGCUAAUAAUAUAAAUGAAAAUCCAAUAGUCUAGGUUUAGCCUCGUUACUUUAAAAUGUUAAAAUGUUUAAGGGAAAUUGAUAGUGACCAAAGUAUAAAAGGUUAUAAAAGCAUUGGUAAUUUUGAGUCUAAUAAGUUAAAAACAUUUUCUAUUUCAAAAAAAAAAAUAGGUACCCUAUCAUUUGGAACGUAACUAAUAUAAAAGAGAACAUCUAAAGCUUAAAUUAUAAGGUUUGAUUUUCAGUAAGACAUCAUUCUUUUAUCUGAACAAUAUCCCAAAUAGCUAAGUAAUACUUCGCAUUUACCAAGAAGAAAGCUUUUACUGUGGUGAGAUUUUAAAAAAAAAAAGCUCAUUGACAUAAUUUGUUAUGCUGAUCACAGUAGGUUAAAAUUUUCACAGACUUACUCUUUUACAGUACCAUUUUCCAAAGCACACAUAUAGAUUUGGUAUUCCUUAACAUGUUGUCUUGUUAGAUAACAUUUAUUUUACCAGUAAAAUAUUAUUGUAAUUCCAUAUACACAAUCUAUACAAUAAAAUGGUGAAUAUUUAUCAUAUUGAUACAAAUUGUAACCUCAGCUUUCGAGUGUCAGGGCCUCACUUGUAUAGACAGUAACAUUCUCCUCAAACAUUUCUGUGAACUCUUAAAACACCUGCCAUUAAGUUAAACCAGUUUUCAAAAACAAAGCAAUUUUUCAACAGCAGUAAAAUCGCGAUGUUCUACAAUAUUAACACAUGGAAACACCAAAAUGUUCAACAUCCGUGGUUAAUUCUAUAAUUAUCUUUUAUGUACCAGUACAUGCUUUUCUGUCAAUUUUAUAUUCAUCCAGUAGAGAAUGUUAAGGAUAUAUGCACUACAAAUGUUUUUAAAUUAAAAAACAACAAAAAAGACUAGCUGGGUAGUAUUUUACCUUUAAAUUCUCACUUCCGUGUCCAAUUAUUU